AUGAGUGAGAGCCUGCAGACCUGCUACAAAUACCUGACUGAGACGGGCAGGAGCUAUGCCCCAAUCACCCAGGCCUUGGAAGGGGAACUUCGGCACAUAUUCUGUAUAUUCUAUCUGGUUGUGAAAGCUAUGGACACUGUGGAGGAUGACAUGACGAUCAGUAUGGAGACCAAAAUCCAGAUUCUGAAAAACUUUCACAACCUAUUGUACCAGCCUGAUUGGAAGUUCAUGGACAGCAAGAAGAAAACUUGCCAAGUGCUUGAGGAUUUCCCAACAAUCUCUUGGGAGUUUAGGAACUUAGCUGUGGUUUACCAGGAAGUGAUUGUCAAAGCUGUUCGUGAGGUAGCAGUUGGGAUGAUGGAGUACCUACAGAAGCAGGUAGAAUCUGUACAAGAUUGGGAUAAGUACUGUGACUAUGUAGCUGCUUCAUUGACACGUGGCCUGUCAGUAAUAUUUUGUGUCACAGGGCUGGAGGAUCCCGUAGUAGGGGAGGAUAAGAGGCUCUCCAGCUCUUUUGGUCUGUUCAUGCAGAAAACCAACAUAAUCCGUGAUUUUUUGGAAGACCUGCUGAAUGGCCAGGAGUUCUGGCCAAAAGAGGUGUGGAGUAAAUAUGGGAAGAAGUUGUCUGACUUUACCAAGCCGGAAAAUAUUGUGCCAGCUGUGCAGUGUCUGAAUGAGCUCAUCACCAAUGCCCUGAAACAUGUGCCUGACCUCUUGCUGUACCUGUCCCAACUGCGGAACCAGAGAGUGUUCAAAUUCUGUUCAGCACCGCUGAUGAUGGCUAUUGCUACAUUGGCCACCUGCUACAACAACCAGCAAGUGUUUAAAGGAGUGGUGAAGAUCCGGAGGGGCCAGGCUGUGACUCUGAUGAUGGACUCUACAGACAUGCAGGCUGUAAGAGCCAUCACGUACCAAUAUGCAGAGGAGGUAUGGAUAUCUUAUAUUUUUCAGCACAGUCUCUCCCUCAGGCAAAAAUAUGCAAUAUGGAUAUACAUUUGUGAAAAAUAA